GAUGAACAUCCAGAUGUUCCUGAGACCGCAGUGAUCGGAGUUCCCCAUGAGAUCAAAGGAGAAGGUAAGACCCCUGACAAGCCUCAAUUUGUUUUUCAUCUCUCCUUUUUCACUCUUGAGCCAUCUGGAACCCGCCAGCAACCAGAGACAUUUCGACCCCUUCCAUUUCCAUUUGCGUUUGUGGUUUUAAAAGAAUCUGCUACUGACAACCAGCGUGUUGUUGUGGAAGACCUGAGACACCUAGUGGCUACCAAAAUAGCUAAAUAUGCUGUCCCAGAUCAUUUCCUGGUUGUGAAGCGACUUCCUAAAACACGCUCUGGAAAAAUCAUGAGGAGAAUCUUGCGAAAGGUCGCCAUGCAGGACACGAGCAACCUGGGGGACGUCUCCACACUGGACGACCCCUCCGUCGUUUCAGAGAUCAUUGAGGCCCAUAAACACUACAGAAGUCGUGCAGCUAAGAAGUAGAAAAAGACUGUUGGGAUGUUGCAACGUUUAUUUUGAGGAACUAUGAAUACAAAACUGUGAUGACAGGAAAUCAUGUAAAUGUGAGCGUGCCAUGUGUUAGGAACACAGAAGGCAUAAAUUGCAGAUUAAAUGCUCUCAUAUGUAGUAAAACACACUCAUGAAUCCCACCUGAACUGGAUAUUAGCCCCUCCAUUAGACUGUUAGUUAUCAUUUGAGGGUUGCACACUUGGACAAACCUCUUUUAAAACAUUAAUUAUGAAGCAUUUUGCACAGUGUUCUUCCUGUAGCCAGAGACUAGCUGAGAUUUGCUCUGUACGUCAGUAUUUUUUGCUUACGAGAUGAUUUUAUUUUAUUUUAAGUGCUCAAUCAGUCUGUUUCAGUAAAUCUCACCUCUCUCAUAUUCUCUUUUUCUUCUUCUUUGAAUUCUCCUUUUAUGCCUUAAUCUCCUCAUGUUUAUGACAAGAUGAACAUGAUAUGACUGGUUAAUUUUUAAUUAUUAAGUGUAAGUCUAAAUGUUAACAUCCAAUUCUUAGAAAAAAAAGUAAUAAUUUCUGAACAUUAAAAAAGUUUUAAAAUAUAA